GCAAGGCUCGAAACUCUUCAGCUUAUCAAGCCUCAAGCAAAGAUCAAUCUCGAUAUUCUUCCUUCCUCGUCACCAUAUCAUGUUUAGCUUAGGUCACCUUUCUUCAUGCCUCCUCCCACAAUGAAUGCUGCACGUGUAGCAGCUAACCAAGUGCCUGUGAAUUAUUCCGUCAGCUUCAUCAGCCCUUCCCAUCAUCUCACUUCAUCGACACCACAGCCGGCGUCAUGCACAUUCAAUUCUUUCCCUGUCCAAAUCACGCAACCAGCUCUGCUCGUGAGCAUGGUGGACCGAAAGUGGGUAUGUCAAUCGAAAAGAGCUUUAGCCGUCACAAGGGCAGGAAUAUUGACGUCGCCGAAGGAGAGGGAGGUGGCUGAAGAAGAAGAAGCAGAAGAGGACGGCUGUGGUCUAGGGAUUGUGGAAUUCCUCAGAGAUAAGAACAUGCUUAUCACAGGAGCAACCGGCUUUGUUGGAAAACUGCUCAUAGAGAAGGUCCUCCGGAGUCAGCCUGACGUGGGCAAGCUUUUCCUUCUCAUUCAAGGGCCAAACCGAGAGGCUGUGAAUGAAAGAUUAAAACACGAAGUAUGUUUUUUUUUUUCUUGCUUACAUGUGGGCACUUACCCUCCCUCAGAUAUACAGCUUAACACAAAGCACUCCAUUUAGUAAAAGACAGACAGCCCCCUAAUGUUUGGAACCCCCCUUCAAAUUACUUACCGGACUUCCAAGAACGGGUUCACAUGUUAGAAUGAUGCAUCUAUACAAGAAAAAAAGUAUGUAAAAUAUUUUUAAUACUUAUUGCCAUACAUAUGGCACAAACUAAAAUUUCUGCCACCGCCAUUUCGAUCUUCAUACUUGCGGCCAGCAGCAUAUAAUGAUACAAAAAAUCGCCAUGAUCCUUACAUUUCCAUUCACAAAAUUGAUAUGAUCUUUCGUUCUUU